AUGCAUCCGUACCACAAGAGACUAGCAAAAGAGUACCAAGCUAUAACCAAGGCAAAUUUGCCCGGGGUCGAGCUUGUCUCAUCAGAAGAACUACAAAGCCUCCUAUUCAAAAUACACAUUGACAACCAUAAGCUCUACCCUGAUGACUACUAUCUUCAAGUGACCAUCACUGACGAUUACCCUGUCGACUCACCUUCAGUCGUGUUUGUCAACUACGCAUCCUCACCGAUCCCACUACACCCACACAUCUAUUCGAAUGGCCAUAUUUGUCUCAACCUACUUGGAGAAGAUUGGACGCCCGCAUGUUCCAUUGAAAGCAUACUACUCAGUAUCCAGAGCAUGUUGCAUUCGAACGAACUUGCAGAAAGGCCACCAGAUGAUACCCAGUAUACAAAGAGUGCACCAAAAGAUCCCAAGAGAACAACUUUUGUGUACCACGAUGAUAAUGUAUAG